AUGGGCCGGGACGACUCGGACUCGGAUGACGAUACGUACGUGUACUACGGCACUCCGCUGCAGGACGAGCAGCCGCAGGGGCCCAGCCGUGACAAGGCGCCGCAGGAUCCAACGCAGACGCGCGCACUGCCGGUGCACCAGCAGGAGGUGACCGACGAGCAGGGGCGGCGGCGGUUCCAUGGCGCGUUCACUGGCGGCUUCUCAGCUGGGUACUACAACACAGAGGGCUUCACGCCCGCCACCUUCAAGUCUUCCCGCACCGCACGCGCCGGGGCCGGCGACCAGCAACAGCAGCAGGAGCAGGGGCAGCAGCAGCAGCAGCAGGGGCAGCAAGGGCAGCAGCAAGGGCAGCAAGGGCAGCACGACCUCGACUUCUUUCUUGAUGAGGAUGAGAAGGAGGAGCGAGGCCGGUUGGCCCUGGCCCUCGCCCCGGAUUACGACACCUUCGGCGACGCCGCUGCGCAGGCCGCGCGCGCCCGCGCCGCGGCCGAGGCCGCCGGAACCGCGCGGCCGCAGAUCAUCCCUGGUGGCGUCAUCGACGAGCUGGUGGCGCCUGCCGCCGCCGGCGUGGGCGUGCGGCUGCUGCAGAAGAUGGGGUGGCGCCAGGGGCGCGGCGUCGGCGCGGCCAGCGCCGCGCCGGCGGGCGGCAAAUGGGGGGCGGUCGCGGGCGUGGGCGUGGAGAACACGCCCAUGGUUUGA